CGGACGGCUGGUGCGGUGGGUACUCCGUAUACACAUAGGCCUACAUGCAUAAUCAAAAACCGUAUCUGUGUCACGAGUAGAAGACAGACAACCACUGUAUAAGGCCUAAUGUUUUACCGAUGAGCUAUUUUAUGAUCUGUCCGAUCUUACCCGGAUGUCCGAAGUUACCCGAAUAUCCGAAUUUUCGAAUGUCCGAAGUUACCCUAGUUGUGUGAGCUUGGCCUGCGGGUUUGACGUGACAGACAGCUUGUUCAAACGCGGAGUUUAUGUGUGUCGAGUACCUUGUACUAAAACGGUGGCAUGUGACAGAGAAGUGAUUAAGGCAUAUCUUGUACAGGUAUAAUAAUGUAUUCACAGCAGCUGAGGCAGGUGUAUUGACGGGUGUCUCGUCCAGCCUACAGAUAUAGACCGUCUUCAUUAUAAGAGACGUUAGUUGUGUGCCACGAUGGCAGCUACGGACACAUACGAUGCCAUUGUCAUCGGCGCGGGGGUUGAGGGGUCGUCUACAGCUUACCACCUCGCCAAAGCCGGUCGAUCUACUUUAAUGCUGGAACAGUUUCCGCUGCCUCACACUCGCGGAAGUUCUCAUGGCCACAGCCGAAUCACACGUAAAGCUUACCCACAAGAUUUCUACGUCCGCAUGAUGAGAGAGGCCUACGACAUCUGGGCAAAUCUGGAGGAGGAAACUGGAACUACCGUCUACAAGAAGACAGGCCUUAUCAUGAUUGGAGAAGAUGGCAGUCCGUAUUUAUCACGUUUGGAGCAAGCCAUUCGGAGUUCCGGGGAACAUUGUCAGAGACUAUCCCCGGAAGAGUUCCGGAUGGCUUACCCAAUGUUGAGGUACCCAACCGAAUAUGGGGCGGUGUACGACGGUGUGGCGGGUAUUCUUUACGCUGACAAGUCUCUAACAGCUUUACAGGAAAUGUUUGUGAAAAAUGGCGGAGAGAUCCGAUCUGGAGAAAAGAUGACAGGGUUGUUCCCGGGAGAGAUUGUUACCGUGAGGACUACAAAACGAUCGUACAAGACUCGCAGCGUGGUCAUCUGUGCGGGUCCCUGGGCACCUGAGCUUCUCAAGCCCUUGGGGUUACAUCUACCACUUAAGCCGGUCAGGAUAACUGUGGGUUACUGGAGGGAGAGAAAACCCGGCGUCCUCAGCGCAGAUAACGGGUUUCCCUGCACGAUAGAGUUGAACGCAAUUCACGGCGCAGAUGUGUACAGCCUACCUGCGAUGGAAUAUCCGGGGCAUGUGAAGAUCGUCUUACACACGGGACCAGCUAUAAACCCCGACUUCCGUGAUGGGGUGGAUGAUUCCUGGGUGCUGAACUCCAUGGUGAAAUACGUGAAGGAACACUUCCCUGGUGUGGAGGGGGAGAGACCUGGUAUCAGGGAGACUUGUAUAUACACGGUGACCCCUGAUGAAAACUUCAUCCUGGACACACAUCCACACUGGAAGAACAUAGUGAUAGGGGCGGGGUUUUCAGGUCACGGUUUCAAACUGGCCCCGGUGGUAGGGAAGGUGCUAUCAGAGCUCGCACAGGGAAAGUCACCUUCGUACGACCUGACACCUUUCCGGAUACAACGCUUCUUCACCAAGUCCUCAUUGUAGUAACUGAGUUGAUUGGUUAUAUCCCAUAAGUCUGUCAAGUGAGCAAUUCAUCAUGAGGAAAAGUCCUGGAACAUGAUGUAUACACAGAUCAAAUACACGAACAAACUCCGUGUAUAUGAAAUACUCGUUUCCCCAUCUUUCUGCCACUUUUUUUCAAAAAUAAUUUAAACUCUCUGACUUAUCUUGAAUUUCGUCUCAAAAACUGACAAAUUUAGAUGGUUACCAUUUACAUUUUCUACUAAGGCUCCAAGAGCCCUGAACAAAGGAUUCUUUAAACAUUUGAAAAUAAAUGAUUUGUCGGUUACAUUUCAACAUUUCUUUUCUUGAAUUUGUUGCAGCGAAAGUGUAAUCAGUAUUUAGGACUUCGUUUUUCAGUGGUACUAUUUUUAAGGUUUUGUUUGCUUUGGUUAUUUAUUUUUGGAAAAAUGUACUCAAUAAUAUUUCAUCUGUACACGACGGCGGUAAUGUUUGUAAGUGGAAGAAACGGGAGUGCAGGGAAGGAGGAAAAGGCA